UAUUGUAUCGUAUAUUUUUUACGCGCGACUAUUAACGGAAAUGUCGAUCCAAAACCUAAACACUCGCGAUCCCUUUGUGGAUGCCUCGAAGUGCAACGACGACGAUAUCCAGGAUGGACUCGUCCACAUCCGCAUCCAGCAGCGCAAAGGUCGCAAAACUUUGACCACUGUCCAGGGUCUCUCGCAGGAGUACGACCUCAAGAAAAUUGUACGCAGCUGCAAGAAGGAGUUUGCCUGCAACGGCACUGUCGUCGAGCACCAGGAGUACGGGAAGGUGAUACAGCUCCAGGGCGAUCAACGGGAGAAAAUUUGCCAGUGGCUGACUAAGAUCGGAUUGGCCAAGGGCCAUCAACUGAAGGUCCAUGGAUUUUAAGGG